GAUUUGUGGUUAACCAACCAUAAAUCGACCGCCUCACUUUUCUUAAUUAUGUCUGCUUCACUUAUCUUGCACCCACCCACCCACUACAAUUGAAAGAUUAUAAGUUAAAAUACCAGGAGCGCAACACAUCUGAGGAAAGGUUCAUUUUCCCCUUUAUCAUUUACCCAAGAUAUUCGACUGUACAUCCAUUUCUUUGCUGUGGUAACAUCAAGUUUUAUCCCUGCCUUUCUAUCAAAUGACGGUCGCAUAGCUUAUCCAUAGCUUGCUCCUGUCUCGAAUGAGACUGGAAUUCUUCCUUUUGGACCCAAAUUCUUAUAGGAUCCCCUCACGACAAACCUCUGUUCCUCUCAAUCCAGUCGCAUAGUUAUCAGUAUAUUGAUCUUGGUCAUUGCGAUCUGAAAUCAGAUCCGCAAAGUGUUUGACAAGUGUUAAUUUCCUUAUUCUCUCUCUUGACUUGAUACAUUCCACAUACGAACCAAGGAAUCAACCUUGGUUCAAAAUGGAUACUCCAGGCAGCGAUAUACCUUCUGGGAGCACAGGUAUUUCCACCACAGACACAUCUACUGCGACAUCUCCCAAGCCUACUAUUUCAAACGUCAGCCCAGACGCAGGAUCGUCCAAUAGCCAUAUUAUUUCGAUUAUUGAGAACGACGACUCAGCCUCAGAUGUUUCGAUGUCCGCAGAUUCUGAGGAUGAAUAUGAAGACACCUUGGAUAACCUGGCCAUACAAUCCAACUCGAGAGCCCAACUUCCGGAAAAAACUAAUGGUCCCAUGUUGCAGUCCUCCCAGCCGGAAACUUCCAGGAAGCGGAAAUAUUUAGAAUCCAGAGAGGAUCAUACAAAUGGCCGCAUUGACAAUAUAAAGACCCUUGAGGAAAUGCGCAAACGUCUUAAACCAGAUGAGAUACAGGACCAUUGGAGAAGUGAGGGCCAAUUGCAUUUGAAUCGGUCUGUUCUGCCAGCUGAAAUUUGGCAUCACAUUUUCACUUUCACUGCUCCUAAAACUUUGGGUAACUUGUUACAAGUAAACAAGUCUUUCAAUAAAUAUCUUGAUCCUUCGUCAGAUAGCACCAUUGUUCCCCUUUCCAAAUCUUCUGUCCAAGUAUUAAAGCCAGAUGCCAUCUGGCGAGCCUCUAGACGUUAUUUUCAACCUCUCAUGCCUGUUCCUUUAGUUGGACAAACUGAACUUGAUAUGUGGAGAAUGUGUUGCUCCAAUGCUUGUCAGUUCUGUAGCAAGAAAAACUCAAUUGCCAGUAUUGUUCAAUCAGACCAAUGGCAUCUGGGUCCAGGGGAAAAUGGAGUCAUUCCCAUCUGGCCUUUCGCAGUGAGAUCAUGUGGAAUUUGUCUUCUGCAACAUGCUAUCAAGGAGAUUGAUGUAUUGCUUUCCUCAUCAAUUCCGUCACCGCUGAUGCCGGCCUUGCCAUUCGUAUUUCUCACCAACGAGUUACAUGUCAUUCCAGCAACAGCAUUGCAAAAUGGCCAGCCACCGCCAACUACUCAAAUUACGAAAUACUAUCUCAAAAAGCAUAUCGAAGAGAUUAAAGAUGAAUUCGAAUCUGUCAAAGCUAUGGGCUCAGCAACAAUAGAGGAAUGGCUCAAAGGUCUGGAAGAUCGUGGUAAAGAACGACGUAACGAUUCAGCUCGAUGGGAGAGGUGGGAGGCCAGUGGCGGCAUUAUUCGGAUCAAAGCACCAGAUCAACAUGACCCCUCAAAACAGAUACCUGCAGCAAUUGCUUCAGGCACUGAUCUUAUCCCUACAAAAGGGCAACAAGUAUUGAUAAACAGUGGCCCGAAAUUGCCAAACCAUAAGCCUGACACGCACUCAUUACCCCAAAUUCCCAAAUCAUUGCCUGCAAUACACACUUCUUUCCCGGCGAACAUUCCGGUACCGCGGUACGACUCGCCUUCGCAGAGUAUUUAUUCUGCAUAUACGCCUCGCUCAAAUUUACAGCCAAAACAUGAAAGGACCAAGGAGGAAGUUGCUGAUCUCAAAGCAACACGAAGGACUGAAAUUGAACGAAGAUCUUUAUUGUUAGAUCCUCCACUGACAGCAAGUGUUCUAGCCCAUAUGAGUUCAUUCCAGGCUGCUAUACAGAUAAUUCAACCUUUAAAUGAUGGUGCCUGGGAAGUUUUGAAGCCCAGACUACUAUCACAGAGAGAAGAAGCUGAGCAACGAGAAAAUGACCGGAUUACCCAGUCCCAAGUAGUUGAGGAGCGCCAUUUCAAGGAUAUCCAAGCCAAACCGGAAUACAAGGAAGCCAUUGACAGAGAAUGGGAUGAUGCCCAGGCCCCACUCCGGGCUCGUAUUGGUGCAUAUGCCGACGAAACAAUUCGUUCUGGUUGGAAUGGUGGUGACAAAGUGACCAAAGAAUCUAGUCCUAAAUUUGCCGCGGACGUCCUGAUCUACGUCAGAAAACGGUUCUAUGCUGAAAUUGCCAAGGAUGACGCUGCAGUGCGGGCAACAGGCCAAGAGCCACCAUCGGAUCCUCCAUUAGGGCCAUACACUCGCAAGCUAACUUUGGAAAACAUGAAAUGGAUAUUUGAUACCAAGAUCAAACCUCUCACUGAGCAGUAUAACAAGGACCUUUUUCUUUGCAACGUCUGCGACAACAAUUUUAAGUAUUACGGUUUCGAGGGCGUUGUUCAGCAUUUUGCUGCCAAACAUACUACUUCGCUCAGUUUUGGUAGCAUAGUUGUACAUUGGAAAUCAGAAUGGCCAGAGUAUCCACCGUUUUGUCCAGAUCCUAUUGCCCGGGUUAGAACUGUCUUCCCUAAUUUUCCUGGGCCAAGUGCCACCGCUCCCUACGCCGGUUCUGCUCCAUCUAUCCCGCCGCACAGUGGUUAUGCUGCAUAUCAGCAGCUUGCCUCAGCUGCACCGAAUUCCAAUGUUUAUCAGGAUCCAUAUUAUGGCCAUUCCCAGUAUGGAGACCAACAUGUACCCCCCCAGCCUGGUCCUUAUGCACCGCAACAAAUGUACCAGGAUCCGAACCAAGGCUACUCCCAAUAUACAGCACAAUCAUUGUCUGCCAUAACCCCAGGAUACAGCGACCCUAUUCAAAGUUACCCACAGUCUGGUUAUGGAGGUCCCUACUCUACACCAACUCAGCCAGGCUAUACGCCUUUGCCCCCUAACCAGAUGUAUCCUGCCCCAAUACCGGACAGCAAUGCCCAGCAGUUAUCUUAUGUUUCCCACAAUGCCCAACAUGCUCCCUCGUACAAUCAGCCACCAGUCUAUACCAAUGGAAAUUACUCCCAAAUGUCAGCGUCCGUACCGCAGCAAGCACAACCUCAGGCUUCUCCGUUACCACAAAAGACCGAGGAGUAUAAAGCCCACCUUCGGCAGCUUGGUCACGACGCUAGGACUAUCUGGGACUCGAUAACUGGCGUGAAAGAAGUUCCUGGUAGCGUAAAGGCACACACCAUCCUCUUUCACAUAUUAAAAAGAUUUCGCUCCAAGUUUGGGCAGGAUCCACCACUCUCGAUGAUAGUUGAUGGACUAUCCAACAAUAAGGACAUGCGACCUGUCCGAAACAUUAAUGGACUUUUGUGUCGAGCUUGUGUACUAGGUAUGGCAGGUUCUGUUACAUCUUCAAAGCCCGAUAGGAAACAUUUUUCAUUUCCCCAACUUACCAUCCACUUCCGCACAAUACACGAGGAAGGAGUGCCCUCAAACCUUAUAGGUCACUUCCCAGAUUGGACAAAGGAUAUGGUCGAGCUUCCCGAUCAGGCAAAAAUCUAUUCACUUGCAACUGCCCCGGGAAUGGAAGGUCGAAAACUUGAGACCUUUUUAGAAGCGCUCCCAGAGAUUGCUGCGGCUCCACCAAGAAAGGACACUAUGUCUCAGCGAACGUCAUCGUGGCAGCCAAAAGCCGAGCCUUUAGAUCAAGAAACAUCUCUCUGGCAGCAGGCACCACAUGUCGGUCAGGACACAACUGUAUCCCUUGUGCCCUCGCAAGACAGUCAUGAAAAAUACUAUGCUACUGUUGCAGACACUAGCACCCCAGAUACAGAAUCCGUUUCUGUCACUUACAAUAAUAAUCCGUAUGAUCCACGGCACCCUCGAGGCGCGCGAAAACGACAAUCAUCACGUAAAUCCGCAUCGAUCGCCGUUUCAUCUCGUCAUGAACAAGACGGCCAACUAAUCCACGAUGAAAUUGUUAAUGUUCGGCGACCCACCAAGUCUAUAUCACCUGUUGUAUCUUAUUCCAGACCCGAAGGAAGUCAUAGCCGCCGUAUCGCUCAUGAUGAAGCCCCAAUUUACUUGGAUAGAAAUACUAGGUAUCGAGAAGCAAACGAUGCAGAACACAGACCUCGCUAUGAACGAACCAUCAAAAGCUACGAUGAUUUAACUACCCCAGUUCGGGAGUAUGCAACCGCAAACUCCCAAUCGCAUAAGCUAAAUCGACAGGAACAAGCAUCAUCCAACCCCUCAAGUGUUGCGAAAAAUUCGUUAGAAGCCCAGUACAGGCCAUUAGAAGAUGCAACAUCUCAACAAACCCGUAUCUUCGAUGUCGUAGCUCAGAUCUCGCAGCAGGCACAGCAAGCACGUGGAAAACAGACUACCAUUCGUGAAGGGCCUGUUGAGAUCGGGUCCGAAGAUGGUGAGUUGCAAAAAGAUACAAUUGCGCAAGCCAAUCAUAAGCGACCAUUAGAUGAAGCAACUAAUGAGGCGGAACGGUUCCUUGGCAGCUUACAACCCGAAAAGCGUCCCGAUGCGGUUAGUCAACGAGUUCAGCAACCCAUGAGGCAUAGAGAGGAUUAUAUCGAGCCGAAAUGGGAAGCAAUACGUACUGACAGUGUGCGCCAGAGACGCCUUCUGUCAUCAGAACCACAGCAACGUUUCCGAGAAGUGUAUGAUGAUGAUCCAGUCGUGUCUGGUCGGCCGACACAUGCCCCCAGUGAGCAGGGGUCUUACAAUGGGUACUAUACACAAGAGCGCCCUCCUCAAGCUCGACAGUUUCGAGCUUAUGCUACAAACGAUCAUUACAUGGAUCCUGUCUCUGGGCAACCUUUUGCACGAGAGCGUUCUCCUGAAAUUCUUGAUCGAAGAUACGCGAGUAAUGUGAUUUAUCGUGAUGAGAGACAGGGAAGUCAUGGUGCUCAUCGCACUCCAAGUAGAUAUGCUCGAUAUGAGAGUGUCAGAUUAGACAAUGACCGAGCACGUUCAAGGUCACCAGUGUACGUUAAGGCGGGCGCACAAGCUGGACAAUAUGCCGAACGCAGUCCAGAACCCCAUCUUUCUCGCCAAGAGCCCAUAUAUCGUAUGCGGACACCAAAAGAAGAAAUAAUUUAUGAGAGGGCUCCACGUCAGGAAUACUAUCGUGUGUACGCCGACGAACCUCGACCUCGACAAACUUAUGAAUAUAUCCAGUACGAUUCUCAGGGUCCUUACAUCAUACAUAGACCUGCCCGCCGAGAACAUGAGACAAUUUAUGCGGCGUAUGAGGGCGAGCCGCUCUCGAUGCAACCUCUUUACGAAGCACGCUCAACUGUUGGACAUACAGAUCCUGCCUAUUAUGAAGAGUACGAUCCUCGCCAUCCAGAGCCACCCCCUGCAGCCGCAGAAGCUCGCGAGGUUAGAUACCAGUAAAUGGUGUUUUGCUUGGGGGAUUGAGACUUUCUAUUAUCAUUUUACAACAUGCUCUGCAAGGUUGGUCUGGUGUGAAUUUUGCAUUUUUCGCGUUCUGCAACUUUUGUGUUUUUUUUGCACUUCUUCCUCGUCGAAGAAUAUUUAUUGGCUGGUAAAUAAUUUCUCCUUUUUAUGUAUCACCAUUCAUCUCUGUUGUUGUAACAGUUAUCGUGUACAACAAAUCAGUUCUAUAUGGUUUAGAUUGCUCUGAGAGCAACCUCCCGGAAAGGCAGGUUAUAGACGUAGGCGUUUAUACUUCUGGUAUAGCCAGAUUUUUUUUUUGAGGGACAAGGGACGAUUCAUGAAAUCUUUAUCAUGUUGUACUUUUAUAAAAAGCAUUGUAUCGGUAGGCAAAGUAAUACAUAAUCUAAAAGAGAACUAUUGAUUCUA